ACUGUCAGAAAGCAGAAAGGGGAGAGCCCUGGGAGUUAACAGCAGAUCAGGCGAGAGCGACAUAGAUGGAAACUGUUACACUCUGAGUGGAUUUACUGUUUCUGGCUUCGACAAAAAAAGGAAGAAGAUGUGCAAUUCGCACUCAUCUCACACCUCACAAACCACAACACAACAUAUCCUGUUUCCUGUCAGCUUCUUCUUGUCACAGCUGAGUUGUGUUCUUCAAAGGCGUCCCUGAUGGCAUCCAACAUCACCUCCACCGCCUCCCAGCACACCCCGUCUGCCCCCUUUUCUCUGCCCAUCUCACCCUCAGCUCAGGCCGGCAUCGCCAUCCUGACCCUGGCGUUCGUGCUGGGCUUCCCCGGGAACCUGUUUGUGGUUUGGUCGGUUCUGUGUCGGGUGAAGAAACGCUCAGUGACCUGUUUGUUGGUGCUCAAUCUGUCACUGGCGGAUGCCUUCGUGCUGCUCAGCGCUCCUUUUUUCCUGCGAUACUUGGCCGGAGGCCGGGGUUGGGAAUUUGGCUCAGCGGCAUGCAAGCUGGUGCAUUACCUGUCAAAUGUGAACAUGUACGUGUCCAUUUACCUCAUCUGCCUGAUGAGCAUAGAUCGCUGGCUGGCCGUUACAAGGCCUUUCAUGUCACAGAGAAUCAGAACCAAGCGCUCCCUGUUGUGUCUCCUGCUGGGAGUCUGGGUGUUAGCAUUCAUCCUGUCUCUGCCGAUGCCUUUCUACCGCAGCAAUCUGAAGAAGACACUGGCGUACAACGUCACCUUGAGCUUUUGCGUUCCAUACCAUUGGGGUAGUGCGGGUCACAAGGUCUUCCAGUACCUGUUUGAGACCUUCAUGGGCUGCCUGGUGCCUUUCUUCCUCAUCAACACCUGUUACUGCUACGUCAUCUGCCGCCUGCGGAGCGCCAAGUUCCAGCGCAAAGCGCAAGGCAGCCGCCUCAUCCUGAUGAUCAUCUGUGCCUUCGCGGUUUUCUGGCUUCCCUAUCACAUCGUCAACAUCGUAGAGGUGGCCGGUUUGUUGCAUGGCAGUGAGUCAGUGAUCAAGGCCGCUCUUACAGCCCGUCCAAACGUCACAGCCUUCGCCUACUUCAGCAGCGCGGUCAACCCCAUCCUCUACGUGUUUGCCGGCAGCUCCCACAUCCGACACGCCGGCCUCAGCUUCAUGGGCAAGCUCUUUGAGGCCACCAACUCGGAGAGCAGGACCACGUCUACGUUCGCUCGUAGCGGCCGCAGUAGCUCUUCACCGGAUGAGAGCAAUGUCCUGCAAACUCUGUCGGUCAAACUGGGGAGGCCUUUCAAAAGCAAGAACAAGGACAGCAGCGGCGUGGCGGGCAAAGGGGUCGACGAACCCGAACUCAAAACUUUGGCUACCACUGAGCCGAUAGAGUAACGCUUAAGCUAUGCUCCAAACACAAGGUCAUUUUCUGUGUAUUACUUUUCUUUUUUAAAUAAGACCCAGAGUAUUUUUGUAUUUUUAUUAGUUAU